UUCACCGGCAUAAACUGAAACGUAAACAAGUUCUUCAUCACCAAAAUUGACUCCACUGAAUCAGAUUGCCACAAUGUGAUCGUGUCUAUUGUUUCCUUUUGUCUGUGAUUGGCAAGCAAUAUACAAAAGUUAAAUUGCAUUCAAAAUGCGCGACCAAACCAACUUUUUCCUGUUCCUUGCCGUUUAUUCCAUCGUUACAUUCCUGUUGUUCCAUCUGGUGUACAACACCUCGAAACAGGUCAUUGAUGAGGAGUUCCAUCUUCGACAGGGCGAGCACUACUGCCGGGGUCGGUUCCACAUUUGGGAUGAAAAGAUUACGACCUUCCCCGGGCUGUACCUGAUCUCCGGCUCCUUCCUGAGUCCGUUCAAGGCCUGCUCCGUGUACUUUUUGCGGCUGACGUCGGCGGUCGCCUCGAUCGCCAACGCCUACCUCGUUUACAUUAUCCGGAAGGCGGUCAUCCCAAAGCGUAGCGAUGCGUACCUGCUGCUGGAAUCGAUCUCGCUGGCCACACUGCCCCCGCUGUACUUCUUCUCGCAUCUGUACUACACGGACGUUCUGUCCGUGACGAUGGUGCUGAUGAUGGUGUACUUUAGCGUGCGCGAGAUGCACAACUGGGGCGCGCUGGCCGGCUUCCUGGCCAUUCUGAUGCGCCAGACGAACGUCGUCUGGGUUGGGUUCGUGUACGGGUCGCAGCUGGUCAACAUGGCUAUGCGUGUCUGCUUGUGGGAACGGCCAGCUAAACAGAAGCCACAGUCAAAGUAUGGAUUCAUGGAUCUCAUCCCCACCGUCACCACCCUGCUGGAACGCCCCGCCCUAAUCCUCAACGUCCUGCGCGACGCCCACUCCAAGUUCCUCGGCUACGAGCUGAAUCUGGCCGGCUUCGUCGGCUUCCUCUGGUACAACGGCUCGAUCGUGGUCGGCGACAAAACGGCCCACGUGGCCGCCGUCCACCUGCCCCAAAUCUUCUACUUCAGUCUGUUCUUCGCCGCGUUCAGUCCCUCCCACGUCCUCGGGACGGUUCGUCGGGUCGCCCGCUUCGCUCUGAAACGCUGGUACGUGAGCUGCUUCUGCGUGGGACUCUUCCUCUGCGUGAUCCAGCUAAACACCAUCGUCCAUCCUUACCUGCUGGCCGACAACCGGCACUACACAUUCUACAUCUGGAUGCGGUUCUACCAGCGGUGGACGUUCGCCAAGUUCCUGCCAGUCCCAAUCUACUACGGAAUCUUGGUGCUGCUCGGGUUGAUCCUGUUCACCCGUGGCCAGGGUGGCCAAACCGUCGGCUUUAGCUUGCUCUGGUUGUUGGCCACCCUGGCGUCGGUGGCCUUGCAGCAGCUCAUCGAGGUGCGGUACUUUAUUUUGCCCUUUUUGGUGCUGCGUCUGCUCCAGACCAACGUUCAAACCUCGACCAAACUGCUCGCGCUGGAAGUGCUGGCCAAUGUGCUGAUCAACGCCGCCACGUUCUAUAUCUUUUGCACGAAAGCGGUCUACUGGAGCGAUUACACGGAGCCGCAGCGAAUCAUUUGGUGAUCUGUUAAUAAAAUAUUGUAUGCGUUUUCAAACAA